UUAACAUGCGCCAUUCAUAAAACAGUUCGCUAGUUAUGUUUCUCGGUGCUUCAUAAAGCUUUUUCGGGUUAAAUUUCAAAUUCGUCAAUAUCGCGGCAAGUGCGUUGAUAGAACAUGUGCUAAUCUUAUGAACUUUUGUAACUAUGAAGUCCUUGUUUUCGGUUUAAGUUAAUUAAAAAAUAUGUUCAUACAAAAAUGAAGCUAUGUGAGUUUUGUGUUUGAUUAAUAGUGUGCUUUCCUAAUGAGCUCUGAAGUAUGAGGCAAGGUCGUGCCGGCCAAAGAAAAACAAAAUGCCUUAGCCGUCGCGUAACCCCCUCCAUCACGCUGCCUGUCACCCUGGAGGACCCCGCCACAAGCUGGAAGGGACCGCCGCCCGGCUCGGAGCCCCAGAACUUCGCUCCAAACCAGAAUAACUCCUUCUCCGGGCCGCCGGCCGGCUACCAAGGUCCCUCACCGUUCCAGGGCCCACCAGCGGGGGCAGGCUCGCCAGCUGGGGCACCACCGUACCAGGGCGGACCGCCACCAGGCUCUACAACACCGCAGUACAAUGCCUCACCAGCGCCCUCUGGCUCUUCGACGCCGGGCCCCGGGCCACCUCAAAGUGUCGGUAGUGCCGGUUUCCCCCCUCCGCCCAAUAGCUCGGGCCCGCCGUACAACGGGCCCGGCCACGGACCUUUCGGAUCGCCAUCGGGCGGCGGGCCCCCGUUCGGCAGACCGGGCUCCUCGGGGCCUCCCUUCGUGGGCCCCGGCGGUAACCCACACUUCUCGUCGCCUGGACAGUUCGGGCCCGGCUUUGGAAUGCCGCCGGGAUCGCCUUUCGGGCCUGGACCGGGCCACCCGAUGUCCGGACCUAUGGAGCCGAGCCAUGGCAUUAUGGCCAGGCAGAUGGGCGGCCCCGUACCUCUGGAUCAAGGAUCCUUGCCAGUACCUAGAAGACACACACCGUACUUUGGUCAACCUGACUAUAGAAUAUAUGAACUCAACAAAAGGUUGCAGCAGAGGACGGAGGUAAGCGAGAGUGAUAAUUUAUGGUGGGAUGCAUUUGCGACGGAGUUCUUCGAGGAUGAUGCUUCUUUGACGCUGGCGUUCUGUUUGGAAGAUGGUCCGAAACGAUACACUAUCGGGAGGACGUUGAUUCCAAGGUAUUUUAGGAGUAUAUUUGAAGGCGGAGUGACUGAGUUAUACUAUAAUAUGAAACAUCCAAAGGAGUCCUUCCACAACACUAGUAUUACAUUGGACUGUGAUCAGUGCACAAUGGUGACGCAUCAUGGCAAACCAUGGCAAACAAAGGUCUGUACAGAGGGCCGAUUAAUCCUAGAAUUUACAUUCGACGACUUGAUGAGAAUAAAGUCGUGGCAUUUUACGAUAAGGACACAUCGAGAGCUCAUCCCAAGGACUGUAGUAGGUGUACAUUCGCAACAAGAUCCUAGUAUGUUAGAACAGUUAUCGAAAAAUAUCACUAGGCAAGGAAUCACGAAUUCUACACUCAAUUAUCUUAGGUUAUGUGUGAUAUUAGAACCAAUGCAGGAAUUGAUGUCCAGGCAUAAAGCGUACGCUCUCAGUCCAAGGGACUGUCUCAAGACGACGCUUUUUCAGAAGUGGCAGAGGAUGUGUGCCCCGCCGGGUAAGAGAGAAUCUCAAAGACCUGCCAAUAAACGAAGAAAACGCAAAGGUUCAAACUCAGGGGGCGCUGCAAAUAAUUCAGCACCGACGCCAAAUAAAAAACGAUCUCCCGGGCCAAAUUUUUCCCUAGCGUCCCAGGAUGUGAUGGUAGUGGGUGAACCGUCGCUCAUGGGCGGAGAAUUUGGAGACGAAGAUGAGCGACUAAUAACACGAUUAGAAAAUACCCAGUACGAUGCAGCCAACUCGCUGGACCAUGACAAUCAUGGCUUCCACGCGGAUUCGCCGAUGCCCGGCUCGAACUCUUGGGGCGCUAGCGUAGGAGAUCGAGGCGGCCCCCCACAAGGUAGCACCCCCAAUCAAGACUCGGACAAAAAAUCACCAGCUGUCAGUCAGUGAUGACAGGACGAGUUUUCACUAGCUUCUUCAAAGGUUUACUGGAUCUAAGAGAAUAGUUCAUUGUUAGUAUUACCCCGAGAAACUUUCCUGUCGACUUUAAUUCUUAUCGAAUGCACAUUAGAUAGAUACAUAAAAUUAAAGUUAUAUGAAGAGAAUGAAGAUAUAGAUUGCGAUGAACAUCUGAAGCUAAAAUUACUUUUUCCUUUUCAUUUAAUGGAUUCGGUUCUUACUUGGCCCAAUUUCAUUGUUAAUGAGAUAAAACAAAUUAAUAUUUGUGAAUAUUACUUUUUUACUUCAAUUUUAACAUCUAUUUUUACAGAAGAACCUCAAGAACAUAGUGAAUUUCUGACUUUCACAUAUAUUUUAACAGUAGAUUCUUGAGGUUCUAAAUUUAAUUCAUCCAUGUGAAAUCUUGUGCGAUUUUAAAGAUAAAUAAUAUCUUUUCAAAUGUUGAGUCAAGUAUCUUUUCUAUAUGAUAUAAUAUUUUGGACUCCUCCGAUUUUAAUGUCUGUUGGAUUGUUUUUCGAUCAAUUUUAAAAAUGCCAGUGCAAUAAUGGAUCAACCAAAUUCGAUUAGAAGAAAAAUUAAUUUGGUUGCUUUAUCGAAAUCUAACAGUCAUUGAAACUGUAGUCUGAAGUAUAAUUUUUACUUCCGAAUAAAUUUUAGGAAUUUUACUCAUAGGGAAUAAGGCAAAAAAAAAGGUUGUGUUAUAUUUAUUUUAUUUUUUUAAGUCCAUUGACUCCAUCAGUAUCUUUUCACACAUGUUGAACAGGAAGUUUCAUCGGGAUUCUCUGAGAAAAUGGAGAAAUGAAUUAUUCUGAUUUCCUGGACGCCUUUGAAGGAAUGAGAAGGAGAAAAUGUACUCUUAUUGGUAAAAACCCAGUGUUGAACUAUUCAAGUGAAAUGAAAAACGAAAGAAUAUAAUGUGCAUAUGGUUUUCUUAUCAAAGUGAUACACGAGCAGUGAAAGAAGUGUUACAGAUUAAUUUGUUGGUGCUUAUUGUAUCUGUUCAGGAAGUAUCUGAAAGGACCAAAAUUAUAAGAUGCUUUUAUUCAGAUAUAAUAAAGAGCAAUGCACACUUCGUGGUGCAAUUUUAAUGGUUCAGUCUCAAAAAGUCGGGUUUGUUUUUGGUACCUUCGUUGAAAUUCUGAAUUUUCAGAUAGGGAAGCUCAUUUGUACAGUAACUUCAAGCGUUCUCUUUAGGUAUGGAGCAAGUAAAGAGUUGUAAACAAGCUAUUUUUUAAGUUUUCAUUCUGAAAUACUCGAUAUUGAAUUUUAUCUUGCACAAGACAAUUAAUUAAAACAUUACAACAGUUUACCUCAUUCAUCUCUGUUGUUAAGUUUUCAUUUGGACGAAAUUUUUUCAUGAGUUUUUUUCCAUGUAGAUGCAGUUUAUCAAUAAUUUAUAGUGUUUUCGAAUUAAUUGUCGGGUGUGAUUCAAUAGUUCAAGCGUUACUUGAAUUAUUGCAUCUUACGGAUGAUCUGUGCUCAUCUUUUUAUUUGACAAUAGUUCCUUACGAAUUCGAAUAGUUUCAGUUACUCAAUUUGAUUCAAGUAUUUCAGACAGAAUAAUUUCAAGUAAAAGGACGAGAAUUCCUUCUGAUGAAGGAAGUUUCCCGUUUUAGGAUCAAUUUUGUAUAGUUGAAGCUAAACAAUUGUAAAACAUACAUAUAAAUAUUAUGUCCAAGAGAAAAAAAUGUAAGUUAUUAAUUUGAACAGUUUAUUUUGUUGUAAUUUUAGGGAAUAUUUUGACAGAUUUGAACUAAUCAAAAGUGUUUCACUCACUUCUUUUUUAUUAUAAAGUGAAUAAAAACUGAAAUAUUAAGCAAAAUGUGGCAGAAUUCUUCACCCUAAACUUGUUAAUUUAUAGAAAUCGAAAAGAAUGCAAUAAAUAAAUUUUUAAAUUUCGUGUGAAUAAUCAGUAUUGAUUAAAUGAACUAAAAUUUUAAGCAGAUUCUGUCGAUGUAUUCCCUAUUGUGUAUUUUUUAUAUUGUGUGAAUGAGGAUAUGGGGUAUUUUAUAAAUAUUUUUUUUUAUAUGAAUGAUUGAAAUUUUUUGUAUUGGUGUUAGAAUGAAAGUUUUAAUUGUAACAAGUCAUUAAAAAAUAAAAAUAUGAAAACUGGGGCUGCGGUACUGUCAUUAAGUCUCAUUUCCAUCUGUGUAAAUGUGUUUUUACAACUCUCUUGUUAGUAGUUGCGUGUGUUUACUUGUUCCAGUUUGGUUUCUUUCAACCAAUUCAAUUGUAAUCUCAUGUGUAAAAGAUGUUGUACUCAGUACAGAACCUACUGCAACCUCACAAAUACAACACCUACAAAAAAUCA